GCACACAUGGAAAGACAGCAAAAACUACACUCACUUCUUAUACACAAAGACGAAUCGACGAUUACGAUUAUAUAAAAAAAAUAAAGCAAAUUUAGCAGCAAUUUUCCAUUGCAAGUUACAAAAAUCGAUGGAAUAUUGUGGACAUUCGGUUAUUUAUUGUAAAUUGCAAUUGUUGCUGUUUUUCGUUCCGUUCACAGCCUUGUUGGUGUUGAUUUAACAAAUCAAGCGCAAAAAUCUACGCAUUUUGUGUAUAAUUCAUACUGACAUUACUCUUAGUUCGGAAAGGCUGUAAUAAAAGUCAAAAUACGCACACAACGACAAAAUAAGCAGUGCAUAGUUGCUUAAAUCAUCAAAACAAUCAUCACAUCGUACGUGUUUAUGUGGUUUUUGUGCACGAAGUAAAAGAAGCAGAACUAGAAAAUAGCUAUGAAGUGAAUUUCUACAGCUGCAGGCAAAAAACGGCUUUUACCUUAAAACGUACAACAAUUUCAACAAAAAGUUUAAAACGAUUGAGAAGUGAAGCAUAAUUAUUUUUUGUUUCUUCUUGUAGUUUGUUCACGCCUUAUUUUCCGUAUUGUUUUGAAAAAUUUGAAUAAAAAGGAACGUGAUUGUGAGCUGUAAUUUUUUUUGUAUUAAGCAAAGUACGAGAAAGGCUAUAAAAAAUCAAACGCAAAUAUGCAUCGCAUGCAACAACAUUUUGGAAAGCGAAAAUUUGGCGGAUCACAUAAUGCAUCGGAAUUUUACACAUCACCAAAGAAUCAAAGAUUACGACCAUGUCGUGACAUUGUCUACACCGAAGAUGCCAUUCCUGUUCGCAAAUUGUAUUUUAGCGUGCCUUCAGCCGAAAUCACCAAAAUGUCAUUGAAAAAACAUUUCAUGAUGUUUGGUGCGAUCGACUCAUUCACAUUGCAUCUGAAGUUAAGCUAUUGCUAUGGAUUUAUUCAGUACAAAAGUGUGCACAGUGCAGCGGCCGCUCUAAAAAAUCAACAUCCUUAUGUAUGCGGAUUUCGAAUCAAAGUGUCCGUAGCGGAUAGUUGGCAUCAACCGAUCACAACGCAACAGGAUAUGGCCACACAAAAUAACGAUGAAAAUGCAGUUGAUGAUGAUAAUGGAUCUGAAACUGGAGUUGAUCCGAAAUUAGUACAAGUUCUUGAUUUGAAUGAUGAUUGUUUGUAUGACAUUUUCAAUAUGUUGAACUGUAUCGAUCUGAGUGCCGUGGAUCAAACGUGUUUGCGAUUUCAAAAAGUGGCCGGUGAUGUAUUCCGAAAAAAGCAUACCGCCAUUAAUUUAACCAUGACAAAUUUACCGGGAUACUCGAAUGUUGGUACGAGUCAACUUACUUUGUUACAAAUACGAAAUUUAUUCAUUGGAUAUGGACCACAGAUUCGAAAGCUACAGGUUGCCGCUUUGUCUUUCAAACAAGAAAAUCGAUACCGUGUUCUCGACUCGAUUAUUCGUACGUGCACCGGAUUGGAAUCACUCUCGCUGACUGGAUUUAUCAUUAAGGAGAGUCUUUACCGCAUCAACAACACAUUUUUCUCGAAUUUAGAAGAGCUGUCACUUAGUUUGUGUGAAUUAAACGACAACAUUCGACGUGUAUUUCUUCAAUGUAAUCAGCUAAAAAAGCUGACUAUUCAAUCAGACUCAAAUUUGACGGGAUCAUGUUUGGCCAUUCAGUUUCCAAAUCUUGAAUCAAUCACACUAAUUAUGAAUUCAGACAUCGAAAUGCGACACUUGAACACAUUCUUCAAACUAAAUCGACAACUAAAAUCGGUGAAAAUCAUUCAUUGCGGAGGAUGUAUAUUUGACGAGAUAUUCCCGAGAAUCGCAACAAAUUUACCAGAAUUGGAAGCGCUCACCAUUGAAGUGGAUUACUUCCAAAAUUUUUGUAAAAAUAUCAUGGCAUUGUUGCGAUUGGAGAAUUUGCGUGAAUUACAGUUAAAUUGUAGCAUGUAUUCGGUAUCAACGUUCAUUGAAGGACUGGCUGCUAAGGGAAAAAUCGAAGUAUUACAUUUAUCUGAUGGUUUACUGAAUGACGGUCUUAUCGAUGCAAUUGCCAAGUGUAAAAAGCUAACGUCGCUUAAAUUGUGUUCGAUGCCCAGCGUGCAUAAUCGUUUUCUUGCCGAAUUGGCGAAAAAUUUACCCCAACUCAAUGAUUUCCAUAUUUCAAAAUGUCAAACGCUCAAUUCCAGUGGCGUUGUUCAUUUUGCUACAUUAGCCAAAAAAUUAAAAACAUUACACAUUAAUAAUUCCAGUGUUGAAAUCGAUGAUAAAUUCUUCCAAAGUUUGGCAACCGUUUUCAAAGAACGCGGCACACGGCUCACACUCAGCCUAUGCAAAAUGCAAUCCAGAGUAACACCCGAAAUCUAUGAAGAACACAAGCAACACAUUCAAAUUGUCCGGUCCAAUGACUUUUUACUUUAUGACAUCUUUGGCGAAGAUUUAUCCGAUAUUGAUUCAGAUGACGACGAUGACGAUGAUUCGGAUUUUGAGAAUUGGGAUGAUUAUGAUAGUUACGGUGACGAUCCAUUUGAUGAUGAUGAUGAAUACUCUGAAUUAUUCGAUUUCAAUUUCAAUCCAAAUCAAUGGAACUUUUUACUCGAUUAAUGGAUUGGACGAUUAUUGAUCGAUUCGAAAUGUCUACAAAAUGUUCAUAUAAAAUCGCACAGAAAUGUGGUUGAAAUUGUGAUAAAUUAAUCAAGAAUUUUUUAGCUCAAGUGUGAAUGAACUCAACUCAACAAAGCCAUCGAAUUUUUCUGUUUUUUUUUUUUUUUAAUUUUUUAGCACUUGAAAUGCCACAGAAUCAUAUGUAGGAAUUGAUUACGGAAAAUAACUUAAUUAAGUGAAAAACAGGCAAAAUGGAUUUAUUUGCUUUUUUACAGAUCAAAACAUUGAAGAAAUUUAAAUUAUGUAAAGCUAAAAGAGAAUUCCUUUUUUUUCAAAUUUCAAUCCCUUUUUUCAUAAAAUCAAUGAUAUAUCGGUUAUAUUUUUUAUUUGUAACACAAAUUUCUCCUCAUUUAUAUACUAAAUUUAGGAUUUAGGAAAAUAGAAUUAUUUGUUAGUUGUUUUUUUUUUGUUUAUUCAAGAAUUCAGUACAUAAUUUGAGAUUGUACCUUAAUUUUAAGAAAAAAAUAGUAUAAUCAAUUGGCCGUGAUUGAGCCAAAUGUUGAAAUGACCUUUCAAAAUGGUUUUGUUCCUUUUGGGAAACAACAUUUUCUAUUCAUGAAUGUGGAUCCACUCCGAAAGUUCGAAUAAAUAUUUGAAAUGUGGAUUUCCUCAGAUAGAAAAAUUGCUAUUUUCAUACAAGUGCAUAAAUCUGGACACUACUGCUCCGAACAGUUUAUUCAAAAAAAAAAAAAAA